GGACCGGGGCUCGGGCGGCGGCGGCGGCGGCGCCCGCCUGGGCUCGGGCAUCAUGAACAUAGACGUGGAAUUCCACAUCCGGCAGAACUACCCGUGGAGCAAGUUGCCGGCCAACGUGAGGCAGAGUCUUGGAAAUUCACAGCGAGAAUAUGAAAAGCAGGUUGUCUUGUACAGCAUCCGCAAUCAGUUACGCUACAGAAAUAACCUAGUUAAACAUGUCAAGAAAGAUGAACGUAAGUACUAUGAAGAACUCCUGAAGUACAGUAGAGAGCACCUCAUGCUGUACCCUUACCACCUGUCCGAUAUCAUGGUGAAGGGGCUGAGAAUCACACCGUUUUCCUACUACGCCGGGAUCAUGGAGGAUAUUAUGAACAGUGAGAAAAGUUAUGAUUCAUUGCCCAAUUUUACUGCUGCUGACUGUCUCAGGCUUUUGGGCAUAGGAAGAAACCAGUACAUUGACCUUAUGAAUCAGUGCAGGUCAUCAAAAAAAUUCUUCCGAAGGAAAAGUGCCCGUGACCUUCUACCAAUAAAGCCAGUGGAAAUUGCCAUAGAGGCCUGGUGGGUGGUGCAGGCUGGGUACAUCACAGAAGAUGACAUUAAGAUAUGCACUUUACCUGAGAAAUGCGCUAUUGAUAAGAUCAUCGAUUCCGGCCCUCAGCUCUCUGGAUCGCUAGAGUACAAUGUAGUACAUAGCUUGUAUAACAAAGGGUUUAUUUAUCUGGAUGUACCAAUAUCAGAUGACAGUUGUAUAGCUGUUCCUCCUCUUGAAGGUUUUGUUAUGAAUCGAGUGCAAGGUGAUUAUUUUGAAACUCUACUCUAUAAGAUAUUUGUGUCAAUAGAUGAGCACACUAACGUAGCAGAGCUUGCAAAUGUCCUUGAAAUAGACUUAUCCCUGGUUAAGAAUGCUGUCUCCAUGUAUUGCCGACUGGGUUUUGCCCAUAAGAAAGGACAAGUAAUAAAUUUGGAUCAGCUUCAUUCAUCAUGGAAGAAUGUCCCAUCUGUGAACAGAUUAAAAAGUACUUUAGACCCACAGAAGAUGCUCUUGUCAUGGGACGGCGGGGAAAGCAGGAGCCCUGUACAAGAAGCUUCUUCAGCCACUGACACUGACACAAACAGCCAGGAGGAUCCAGCUGACACAGCCAGUAUAAGCAGUUUGAGUCUGUCUACAGGAUAUACCAAGCGCAUUGCAUUCCUAUUCGACUCCACUCUGACUGCAUUUUUAAUGAUGGGGAACCUUUCACCAAACUUGAAAAGCCAUGCAGUCACAAUGUUUGAAGUAGGCAAACUCUCAGAUGAGUCUUUGGACAGCUUCCUUAUAGAGUUAGAAAAGGUUCAGAGCACCGGUGAAGGAGAAGCACAGAGAUAUUUUGAUCAUGCACUUACUCUGAGAAACACAAUACUCUUUCUGCGUCACAAUAAAGAUCUAGUAGCUCAGACUUCUCAGCCAGAACAACCCAGUUAUGGUUUUCCUCUGGAUCUCUUACGUUGUGAAAGUCUUCUUGGAUUGGACCCUGCAACUUGCAGCAGAGUUCUAAACAAAAAUUACAUGCUGCUGGUUUCCAUGGCACCUCUCACCAAUGAAAUACGGCCUGUUAGCAGCUGCACCCCUCAGCAUAUUGGACCAGCUAUCCCAGAAGUCAGCUCCGUCUGGUUUAAACUGUAUAUUUACCAUAUCACUGGGCAAGGACCACCAUCUCUCUUAUUGUCCAAAGGUACAAGGCUUCGAAAACUGCCAGAUAUAUUCCAGGGUUAUGAUCGCUUGCUCAUAACAUCUUGGGGUCAUGACCCUGGAGUGGUUCCUACAUCAAACGUGCUGGCUAUGCUAAAUGAUGCUUUAACGCAUUCUGCUGUUUUAAUUCAGGGACAUGGUUUACAUGGGGUAGGAGAAACUGUCCAUAUACCUUUUCCAUUUGAUGAGACAGAACUGCAAGGAGAGUUCACUCGGCUCAGUAUGGGUGUUCAUAAAGCCUUGCAGACACUGAGGAGCAAAGUGGACCUGCAGCAUCUUUGUGGAUACGUCACCAUGCUGAAUGCCUCUAGCCAGCUUGCAAGUAGAAAGCUCAGUGAUACUUCUGAUGAGAGAGGCGAGCCCGAUUUGGCCUCUGGUUCAGAUGUAAACGGGAGCACAGAAUCGUUCGAAAUGGUCAUCGAGGAAGCAGCUGUAGAUUUGGCAGCAAAGCAGAACUCUGGUGCCACCACAGAAGCAGAUUGGGUUCCCCUGGAGCUGUGCUUUGGAAUUCCUUUGUUUAGUUCAGAACUAAACCAGAAAGUCUGUCAGAAAAUUGCUACACAUGGCCUUUGCACAAAAGACAGCCUUCAAAGUCUUUUACAUUCCAGUAGAAAACUCUCUCUACAAGUCCUUAACUUUGUUCAUUCAUUCCAGGAAGGUGCUUCAACUCUGGAUGUUCACACAGAGCCUGGCUUUUCAAGUUUACUUUCGCAGUCAUCCUGUGCCGAUAUGGGAGUUCCACUUCCUGCAAAAAAUUUAAUGUUUAAAGAUGGCAUCCUGUCAGAAUGGAGUGGACGGUCACCUUCCUCACUUCUUAUUGCUAAUCUCCAUUUGCAAUAAUUUGACGACACCAUUUACUGUUCACACUUUCUGCCUUUUUCCUUCACAUCAGCUGCAUAGUGUUUGCUACUAAAAAGCACCCUGCUGUGGUGCCAUCCUGGCUUCACUGGCACUAGAAGCAGGAACGUGGCUGCAUUUUCUGAAGUGUGUCCGUCAUUGUACAUCUUACUGUAACAGUGCUUUUUAGCAGCCAGCACUCUUUUUUACCUUGAGACAAUCUGCAUUUCUUUUAUAAAACUAGCGAUAUACUUUAUAGGCUUUGGAUGACUGUUAGGUUUUAAGCAGUCACUAUGAGUAUUGCGGUGGUAAUUUUAUAUGUUAGUGUAUCAGACAUAAAUCUUGUUUGAUUUUAUAUUUUGUUACUUAUACUUAGGGGAUCAAAGGAAGAGGUGGAAUUCUUCUGCAAAGGCUCCUUGAGACUUAGAAUUGUAAAGCUAUAAAACAGUAAGCAUCAGUAUUGAGAUGGUAUGUUAGGGCAUUAAUUCCUGUGGGUGUCUGUAAAUUAUGUAUAUCAAUUGAACAGUGUUGGAGGUAUGUAAAUCAGUAUAGUUAUGUAGAACUUAACCUUGAUUUAUAAGAUCUGAACCUGCCUAUUCACUGACAUCUCACAAGAGGCUUCGGGAAACAUUCUAUUUUUAAAUAAUGUUUGUAAUGUGGACUUCUGUUGUCCCUCACUUAGGGCUAUUUUCAUAGGGUCUUUAUGGAGAAAUAGAAUUUCUCUUCCACUGUAGUUGAGGCUUUGGCUCAUCCCAUUGUUUGUUGUUUUAUAGCUUUACCAAUGAAUGGGAUUGUUAUGGAAAUCGAAUUUGAUGUUCUCAAAGCAAAAGGAUUGUGAUUUUAAAUUGGAGCGUUAAGUGGUGCCUUUGGAUUAAAUACUUCAGCUUGAACACAUAAGCAUUGGGGGUCUUAAAUUUAGGCUGAUAGUUUUGGAGAAAAUAAUGUGGAAAUAGUGAAUAAUUUUAAAGAGUUUCUUGAGUGAUGGAUACUUUUUGUAUCUCCAAUGUCAAUUAGAAUAUUUGGAAUUAUGACCUAGACUUUAAAGUCACCUUCCUUGUGAAGUUUGUGCAGUGUCGCCAUUUAGCUGGCUGUAAAGCUAACCAAAUUCAUGGGCCAGACAAAGCAUUUGAAAAGUUGACAGUGUUAUAGGCUGACAUUUUUGCUGACGGCUUUUGGAACUGAUAUUUGUGUCUGUAACAUAUUUCUGAAGUAUAUGCCUUUCUUAAAACUGUUAAUAUAGCCAUGUAUUGAAUACCAUGGCUUCUAUGUAGAACUGAAUAUUUUGGACCAGGUUACCUGUGACACAGUUAGUUCUGUGCCUGGGGUAAAUGCGGUAAUGUUUAGUCUUCUACUUUGUCUUAUGUAAGGUAGAAACCAUGUGUAUGUCAUGUUUGCCUACAAAAGGAAAAAAUACUAAUAUUAAAAUAAUUUGUUACGACUGUGAAUCACACAUUUAUUUUUCUAAUAAUUGAUAUCAUACAUUCCUAGUGCUAUUAGUUAUGUAUGGAUGUAACUUUUACAAUUUUUCAACUGAAAGUUGUAAGUAUUUCUUUUAAUCAGGGGUCUUUAAUCUCAUUUUAAUUUGCUUUGUUUAAAUUAACUGUAGUUAUUUAUUGUAUUAACAGCUUAAGCAAACUCUAGUGACACGUACACUAAUGAAGAAUUGGACGUUUGUAGUUAUUGACAGUGAUGUACUUAUUGCUGAGUUGAAAGCGUAAGGUGCCCAGUGGCUUCCUGCUCUGGUUCCUCUGAGUGAGAAUAGAUGGUGACCAUGAACUUCAGGGGACACGGAAAAGACGGUUUAGCUCUGAUGUCUUGUGCUGCCUGAGGAGAACAAAAUCAUCAGAGAAGAGAGGCCCUUGGCUGAAGACCCUUGCCGAGGAACAGUUUGCAUUUUUAGAGCUGUUAGCACCACAUUGAAUGCUGAUUUCUGCUUUGCUUCAUGAACAUGGCUUGUUUGUUCAUAUGUUAAUUCAUGUACAGAUGCAUUCGCCAAGUCUUACAAGUGUUGGUAAGGUUCAGCACCAACAAAAAAAAAAAAUAAAAGGUAGACUGUUGGCCAAAGAUUGAUGAAAGUUUUAUCCAGUUGUUUUCCAAGUGUUUAGGGUAAUUUCAUUUGGAUUUGCACCUUCUCCCCACUUUCAUUUUGCCUCAAACCUGCACCUCAAACCAUGGCCAGCACACAUUCUUUAGAAAUCAGUGCGGGGUGGGGUGGGGUGCAGAGGGAGGGCUGAUAAUAUCAAAAUGGGCAUAGACUUUAGUAGAGGCACAGUUGCACCUCACAAGUGGAUUCAACUUUAUGUAAUCAUUUAAAAUAGGGUCAUCUGGUUUCUCUAACCCCUUUUUAAGACUAUGUACACAGAUGGCUUUAGGGGGAAUAUUGGUUUCUCUUAUGGGGUGUUUUGUGUUCUCUGCCAUUCACAUUUCUUUUUAUGUUCAGUGUUUCAAGUACAGUUUAUAUUAAAACCUUUUAAAGUACCAAAAUUGUAACUCAGUACAGUGGAUUGUUUUCUGUUAUAAUGUCAAUAUUAUACAAUGAAAUUGUAUAAAGUAUUGUCAAUUUAAUUAUUGACACAUAUAACAUGUUUACAAAUAAACUGGUGUUGGUG